AUGAGCUUUGGCCACUUGCAGCGUGACACAGGGAUGCAGAACAGCGUCAGUAAUGUCUCCAGUCUCAACCAGGCCCUGGGUCCCCAUCUUACGCCCACCCUGAGCUCACGCGUUCCAUUCCCCGACGGUCAAUACAGACUGUCCGAUUCGCCUUCGUCUGGGCCCAUCCUCGACGCCAACAAUGUGGCUCAGCGUUCCGCUGCCGCACAGAACGUCACAGGUCCCUCCCAUUCGCCCAUCCAUGAAUUCUCGCUGCCCCUUAACAACGAUAACCCCGUUCCAGGGCCUGUUGGUCCCCUCAAACGCAAGCAGACAGGAGAGAGCAGUGUGGGUGCGAAUGGACAACUCGGCAAGCGCAGGCGAGAGACAGGAGAUGCAGGCGAUGUAGGCGAUGCCUUCGAGACAGACCCUGUGCAUGGCUCGAAACAUUGGACUGAAGAUGAGAAAUCAAAGCUGUUCAACUGGCUCAUGGGUCCUGGUCAGGAUGAUCAUUGGAAUGCCCUGCGUGCCACAAAGAAUUCUUGUCUUCGGGAGUGCUCCAACGAAGUAUUCGGAGGCAAGAAGACAUACCAGGCUUUAAAGGGCUGUUAUGAAAGGAACUUCAACCUCUUCAAGCAAAUAUACGCGUUUGAAGUGUACAGCAGUCAACUCGGAAAUGGAUCAGUCAAUUACUCUGCCGAAGGCGAGCGUUUAAGAGAAUAUGAACGCCGAUUACAACUUGCGCGUAAGGGUGGCUGCGAUGUCGGAAACCUCAACGCCCGUACUGUGGAUCAUUGGCAUAAAGCGGGUUGGUACAAUUUGUUCUACAGCAGAUGGAAUGGCGACCCUGCGACAACACGUCCAUCUACUCGUCCAAACGGCACUACUGGAUCUACUCUAGGCGGCGGGGACGAGGCGGAUGAAGAUGAUGCACCUCCUGAUUUCCCAGAAGCUGUCGCACCUCCCAUGUCUGCGCCUUCCAUGUCUGCGCCUUCUUUGCCGUCACGAUCUAUCGUGACUCCUUUCCCAGUGUUCCAUCAGGGGACAGUUUCGGGUGCAGGUCCGAGUCUGGAACUUCCCGUCGCUGAGAUUGGAUCGCCGCCCAAGUCGUCUCAGCGCGUUCCUAACGCUAGCACCGCAGUCGAGCCAGCGGGAGAUCAGCCAGCGAUUAACGUUGUGAUGCCCCAGACAAUGAUGACUGGGUUUCUACAGCUACUGCAAAUGCAGUCGCAGCAUAGCAAGAUGAAAUUGGAAUACCUGCGGCGACGGGAAGAACGGGAAGAAAAGGAGAGUGCUACGCGACGAGAGGCGGAUCGUGUGCGCUUGGAGCGCGAAGCGACGGAGAAGGAACGCAACAGUCAGUUUGAGAACAUGAAACAUCGGGCCAAGAUGGCAACUGACCUACUUUCACAACCCGAGGUGGAUGCGUCGGUACGGCAGGCGGCAGGAGAUUAUUUAAAGAAGCUAUUCAGCGCUAUUGACUAAACGUCUGUGCUGAUUUGCUGCGGCUACUGAGUAUGUGCAUUUGUAGAUUAUGUAUUGUAGUACUGUACAUAAC